UUAAUGUUAUUCCUGAUUUUAUUUUGAACAACACGCGUAAUAGCAUGGAUUUUAUUGACGACUUCAUUGAGGAAUACAAAUGCAAUCCAUGUCUGUGGAAGGCGGACUCCGCAGAUUUUAGAAAUAGAAAUAGGCGCCAGGAAGCAUAUCUAAAACUAAUUGACGUUGCUACAAAACAUGGUGAGGUGUAUAAUGUGGAAAGAACUAAACAGAAAAUAAAUAACUUGCGAUGUGCAUUCCGACAUCAGCUAAGAAAAUAUAAUGAAGUUAAAAAGAAAGGAGAAAAAUACGAGCCGUAUUGUCCAAAACGGAGAUAUUUUGAAUCGCUUAUGUUCUUAAAAGACGAAGAAAUACUAGAAAAGAAGUCAAAACGAGAAGACAAUCCACCUCCACAGACAAGCUUUACAGAAAACACAACAACGCUAGUACAGGCCGAAAAUUGUGAUGAACUCUCGGAUCCUGAGAACUUGCCAAAACAAGCUAAACAAAACGAAAACACCAAAUUAUCGCCUAGUACAAGUGCAACUGAAUUUUGUGCCAAUAUAUUUGAGGAGGCAGACGGUGAACCUCUAAUUAGCAUUCAAUCAGUUAACUCUACUAACCAUAACCACGCAUCCGGACCCACCGUAAAGGAAGUAGAAAUUAUAUUGCCAACGAAUAAUUCGAAUAACUCGGGUCGAAGAAAAUCAAUGCAGGACCCUUCCUUUACGAGUUCAUUUAAAGACAAAAAUAAUUCCGGCUUGCAAAUAAUAGACGUAGACGUGGAUAAACGGAUUAGUGAUCAUCAGAAAUACAAGAAGACCCCUCGAAAACGGUCGUCUUCGGUAUCAUCUCAUGCAUCAGAAAAUAACGAAGUACCGACCGGAAAAUUCUUUAAAGCAGAUAUAUCUAGUAUUGAUUUUGAACGUCUGUUUUCAUUGGCAUUAAAAAGUGCAGACAACCACCUCGACGAUCAUUUCACAAAUUUUGGUAAAAUAAUUGCGCACAAAUUGCGGGGAAUGGAACCUACGCAAGCUAUUUAUGCAGAAAAAAUAAUUGCUGAUGUUCUAUAUCAGGGGCAAAUGAAGAUGUUGUCAACGUUGAGCAUACAUCAGUUUUUAGGUGUAGAUAAUGCCACUGUAUACGUUGAAAGCCACAGUAAAUAAUUUUAUAUCAAUAUAAAUUAGUAAACAUACAUAAUUAAGUAUGUAUCAUAUAUAAGUAUGAAUAGUUUAAUAUAAAUAUUUAAAAAAAACUAAUAAAACAAAAUUAAAAUAUUUUCAUUGAUCUAAA